GACGAAGGCAAUAGUAUAAAUCCUAAACUGAAAAGACAAGUAACCCGAGCAAAAUUGGUUCAUCGAAGAACAUUGGCUCUCUACGAUAAGCAUUUAAAUGCUUUUUAUGGAUGUAUGGAAUCACACUUGUUUGACCGCGCCCUCAUUAUAAAUCUUGUUGAAAGAAAUGAGGUGAAUGGUUUACCGUACGAGAAUAUCAGUUGCGAUUAUGUACCUCGUGUUGCUUAUAUUUAUCCAGAAAGAAGCAAUCAACAUUUAGAUAAAGGCCACAGUUCACAUACCGACUGCCCAGAUUUGUUUAUCCCAGAUUUUACGCGAGCCAAAGCCUUCAUCGAAAGCGAUCGUUGGCCGGGCAACGAAGAAUUUACAUUGACUCUUACUGAUGAAUCAGGGAAAAGGUUGGCGUUUACUGUAAACGUUCUUUGAGGGAUUUUUUUGCUUUCGGAACAUUCAAUCCUUAUUUUUAGACAGUAUACUGCAUAUUUUUUUCUUUUUGAAGACCUUUAUUAUCAAUGUUUAUCGUAUGUAUAGACAUACUUGCAAAUGAAGAAUACCAACAACCAUAACUUAGUUUGACUCAUUGUUUUCAAACUUUUAAAAUAUUCGUCCUUUCUGUUUUCGUGCCUCUUUGC